CAAGUCUCAGCAACCGAGUCUUCUGAUUUUGAGAAAGCGAAAACUCAAGAACAAUCCAAAGAACUUCUCACAAUGUCUGCAUCGACUUCCUCAUCCGCACCUGCACCCGCACCUGCAUCCGGUUCUUCAACCGCUUCGGAUCAUCCUCAGAGACAUAUGAUCCGGAAGUUCAUCCAGGCUUUGCGCGAACAAGGAUUUCUUGACGAUAACUUCAAUAACCAGAUGAAUCUUCACGAGAAUCGAAAUUCCUUGGCUACAUUCUGCGGUGACGCCGAACCUAAACUCGAUAGAGUUGAAAAACUUCUUGCAAGAGAGACUGUGGAAUUUGAUACUGUGAGUAACCUCAUGGAAUCGCUCAAGACCAAGGCCGCUGGGGUUGGUGGUAAGCGAUUGUCAACUGCUUGUGCUGAGAUGCAAGAUUUGUGCACUGAUAACAACGCUGAACCUUUACAAGAAGCCUACAGGAAGGUCACCUGGGAAUACUAUGUUUUACGCGACUGCUUCCACCACAUUCUGCAGGCGGAGAGGGCAAUCCAAAUGAGCACAGAAGAAUGAAGAAACCAAGAUUUGGAGUAGUAGGCUAAUAAAUAAACGCAUGUAUGCGUCGUUAGUAUGGAAGGAAGGGUAUUAUUCCAGAAAGGCUUGCUUAGUUACAUUUGUUUUGUUUUGUGUUUUGUAAACAAGCUUGUAUGGACAAACAUAUUAUACUUCCAACAAUUCUAAUCGAAAAUUCUAUACC